AUGGAAUCGGUUCCGAAUGACGGGAAUAAUGAUAACAAUGGUAUUCUUGAUGACAAGGAUCGAUCUGAGACAACAUUAGACCUGAGUAUUGAUCUAAAACAUUCGUUACUUGAAGGAGGGAGCACCAAUUUUGAAGAAGGUUCUUUGCAAAGCGAAAAUCCUGACAAAGGUAUAUUGAAUUAUCAACAUGCAUUAAACGAGGCUUUAUCAUUUGAUUCGCCAAGCGUUCCUGGAAGUGGAAGUGAUUUCGAUGCGGUGUUGCAAGUAAUGGAUGGUAAUGGUGAAAGUGUACGUGAAGUCGAGGGCCCCGGUGUAAGAGAAGAAGAAGAAAAGGGACCAACGUCAACUCAAAUUAUAUUUGAUCAAAAUGUUGGCCAACAAAAUGCUUCAAAAGGAUUUUUUGCAAAAAAUAUGAUCAAAACGAUUCUACCCUCUUCCUGGAGAGAAAAAGAUGGUUCUUCGGAAUUUGUCAAGGUUAUUUUUCACGCUCACCUUCCAAGAUCCAUUGAAAACGUGGGAGAACCUGUUGUCGUUGGUAAUAUAAAAGAGUUAGGUAAAUGGACAGAUCCAAUUAUUCAACUUCAGCAAAUAUAUAAUCGUUCGAAUUCAUAUUUCUAUCCUACCGCCGGCAUACACUGGUCCUCCGAACCUAUCUCAAUACCUAUUGCUAGUUUCGAACAAGGAGUUAAAUACCGUUAUGGCAUUUAUCGCUCUUCAGACAGAAGGACGAGCAAAGAUGGUGACUUUUAUUUCGAAGAUGGGGAACUUCGUAACUUGGACAUUAGAGGCGGUAAUCAGUUUGAUAUUGUUCAUGAGAUAAGAGUUGAACGUAAUGUUUAUAUCUUGAAGGAAAUUGAAAGCCGUGAUCACACAUUUUUGGAUUUCCUCGUUCAUUCGUUAACAUCCGACAACGUCAAAGAAGUAAUCUUAGAGUUCCAAAAUCUCGCAGAGAAAUUUCCAAAUUACACGAAAUUUGGAAUGAACUGUAGGUUUAUUAUCGAUAACUCACUGGAAAUAAAAUCAAAAGAAAAACGAAUUUUUAUGUGUUUCCUACUGGGCUAUUAUGUCACUACUCGCCCAAGGAUUUCUUUUGGGAACAUUUAUGUGUUACCCACCGAUUUUCCAUCAAGUCACUUCAUCGAGAGUCUUGAAAAAUAUAACCCAGAUCGAGUGCCGGUUGAAUCGCACGAUACUUUCUUGGCAGCCACGUUCGCCUUAGUUAGAAAUAAUUCUUCUUCGGGUUCAUUUGACUGGUUGAAGAUUUUUGCCAUAGCCCAUUUAUUGGAUCCAAAGUACACAUUCAUUGAAGGUUUAUUAGACCAAAGGUAUAAUGAAGAACGGCUACAAAAACUCUUUCGGCUUUUUCAAAAACAAGUUACUCCAUACGUUAAUAAAAUAGAGGAUCCGGAGCUCUAUGCGAGAAUUGCUAGGUGGCUGAUUCGAAUAUGCAAUAACAUUGAAAUUCAAGAAAUUAUAUCUGCCGGAGAUGCGAUGGGUCUCAUAAUAUCAUUUGAGAAAAUACCGCCCGAAUUGCGAGACGAAGUUUCUGAAGUUUUCCGCAGAAGAACAUUAAGAUUGUUUGGUUACGUGAAUCUCGAGUGGAGCAGGGGGAAUGCGAAGGCUGUGCUAUCUAUCUUGCGAAAUUCACAAUUCAAUUGGAAAGAAGAGGACUUCUCCGAAGCUCUUGAGCUAAUUUCCCAAUCCACAAAAUGGUUUUUGUUAGAGAUUUUCCCGUAUUUGCUUGAACAUUGGUUUACGCUUUUCAAAAACCCCUCUGAAAAGAUUUCGGAUAUUUGCAGUAGUUGGUAUCAGCAAUUCUUGGAUCAACUCGCCGACAACAUGCCUUCAUCAGAGGUCAAUGAUUGGCAGUUUGUACUUCACAUAUUUGAAGUAUUGUCCGGAUCAAUCACCGUUCAAUGUUUACAGGAGAUACUCAAAUACGACAAUGAAAAGUUGAUUCGGUUUUUCGAUUCCGCCGUCGUCCGAACGGAUAAUCCGAGGCCAGUUUUAUUUGGAGAUGAUGAUAUCAACAAAUUACGCAAGCAGUGUUCUGAUCAUGAACAAAAGUUGGAUCAAUUCCGAAUCUUUUUCAGUCAGUUUUGCCCGCAUGCAAAAGUUAAGGAUGUUCAGGAUUAUCUUGACAACCUCGAUCAGCGGAUAAAGGAAUUGAAAAAAGUUAAGCUUAAAGAAACUCAGGGGGUCGAUUAUUGGCAUUUUUACAGGAAAGUUGAGAAAUCCGCAGAACGCGCCUUUAAGCUCUCCAAGUCCCAAAUCUUCCGAAACAUAUUUGACUCUAAAAUUCAAGCCGAGGAGGCCGAUUUGACUGUCGAGGAGGUGGCGCAAAGUCUUAUGGUGAAAGUGUUUGAGAGUUAUGAUGAGUUGUGUAGAAGUUAUAAGGGAUGGGAAAAACUUUUAUGUUCUUAUGGUAGCAUCCUGUGGAAAAAUGUUACCAAUGUUAACCUGGAACUUGAUUUGAUGAGAGACUAUGUAAAAAUAGAAAGGAAUGAAAAAUUGAUUAAAACCCUUGGCUAUUUAUCUCAAGUUCCAAAGCAAAUUGAAAGGCUUCGACAAUUGUCAGCAGUCGCGGCUAUGUUUAAGGUCACCCAUACAACUAACGAUUGGCUCGAAAAAUUAAUAUUUGUCCUCGAGAAGGAUUAUCUGUGGUUAGAAAAGCUGGUGGAUUUUUUCGAAAUAUAUAAUAAGCACCUUUCGGAGGUUGAUGAAAAUUGUUGGGAAUUGAUUAAGGAGUUAUCUAUCGCCAGCGAUUUCAUCAUAUUCCUUCGAAGUGUUGCCGAGCAUGAUAUUAAAAACUUGAUUAAUGGGGUGGACGAUUCGGAUGAGCGACUUAUUCAGGAAGAUACCGUGUCGUCGCUCAUUCAAGUAAAACAAUUCCUAUUGCCAUUACUUAAUUGCGCAGAGAAAUUAUCACUUAAAGAAUUUUUGCACGAGCUGCGCGGUAUCACCGAUGCGAACCCGUCUUUAGGUAGUAAAAUUGCGUUGUGUAAUAGUAGCAACAUGGCAUUACAAAACAUGUACAACAACAUAUCAAAUCGUGGCGAAGUGACCAAAGAGAAGAUCAGAAAUGCCGUGAAGAAAGGUACAUACACAUUCCAAAGAACCAAAAAGAAUGAUAAUUGUUCCGUUCUGUUGACGUACCCAUCAAACACCGAGACUAAGCCAUACUCUCUAAGCGAUUUGCAAGAUCUUCGUGGGCGUGCCCUACUAAUUGCCAAACCUGCGGCGGCCGUGGAUUUGGCAAUUGCCACUGUUAGUGGGUCGGUAAUGCAGGAUGUGUCAAAGGAUAUUAUGGAUGAGUUCGUGGUUCAAGUGGAUUUAGCACAAGAAGUAUUAAAUGUGGCAUCAAAGUUAAUACUGAUGGGGCAUUUUGGAUAUCGAAAUUUCAAGAAGUCUGUCAAAGGAACAACCGCAUUACAACAACUGGAGCAGGAGUUAAAAGAACAACUUGAGCAGUGGGAGGACAUCGUGAACAAGGCUCAAGAGCAACACUAUUAUCUGACUUUCUUCCCGGCUCGACAUAUACUGGCGUUCUAUGACUAUUUUACAUUCGAGAAGCAGACAAGUGAUUCGGAGUGCAACACUCUCAUAAGAUUUGUAAACAACGGCGCUACCUUGCCUGAUAGAUCUCCCGAAUAUGGCGAAUAUCUGCAAAAACAAGAUUACUACCAUAUUCUCUGUCAAAUAGGGAGCAAAUUAAAAGAAACCUUCGAAAAGAUUCCAAGGCAAUUUCGCCGAGUCGAAUUCAAAGGAGGUCGCGUAGCCUCAGACAUAGUAUAUCGUGGAAAGUUAUUUGUGGCUGCCUGUGGCGACAAGACUCUUGUUCCGAACAUAAUCAUGUCACUAUAUGCUAACCAUGGAUCUUAUCCUCAGCCAUGGCAACUACUUUUGUGCACCGCGCUAACAACUAUGGAAGAACUUGCGAUUUUCAUUAAGCGAUGUUUCUUUGCGGCUAAAAAUGGAUAUAACAAUCACUUGUUCUGCAUUGCAAACCUGGAACUUCUCGAUUUCGAGUUACAAUACAACCUUGUCAACAAUAUCCGAAGGAUGCGAGAAAUGCAACCGGAUUAUUUUUUGGCCCUCAUAUGCUGUCGAGAAGCUGGAAUGCAUCAUCACAUCUUGGAUCAAUUUAGUCAGGAUGUACACGCAACUUCCGGUCUUGGCGUUGAAGCCAUGAAAAAGAUAUAUCAGGAAUUAUGUCCUAAUGCGUUUUGUGUAUCUUCGGACCUUUCCGGUCAGGGAAAAACGGAACAUAUCAGGCAAUUCAGUUUUUCGAAACGCAAAAUCCUUCGUAGUUUCUUGAUUAGCGACGAAGUGGAUUUCGGGACGUUGGUUCAUCACUUGAAAGAAUUCAAGAUCCGACCUAUAGAAAGUUUACAUAUAAACAUAGUCUCCGCCGAUUUUCCUCUAGAUGUCAAUACGUUCCUGUUUGAAUUAUUGACUUUAGGCAUGGUGUCAAGUAAUAUGGACAUUGCGUGUCUACCUGAUACCCCUGUUUAUAUCGAAAUUGCGUCCACUAUCAAUCAGACUUUGCUGAAAUCUUUACCUAUGGUUGAAAAUCUUGCCAACAUUCAUCUUACUUGGGACAUAAAGAACCUGGUAAUUUCCCGGGAACUCAAUAGUCCCAUUCAAGUUGUCUGUCAUUAUUUUGACGCCUAUGAGCUUUCGACACUUGACGAAAAAGACAUUACCUUCAAUGAUGAUUCGUUGCAACCUUUGAGUGCUCAAAGAUGCCAACAACUCCUUGACACAUAUUUGUUUAACGCGAGCACGGACGAUAUAUUUUCAUUUAGAUUUGUAGAAAUAUUUGUCAACGUGUUGGCCGAUCAACUAGUUCGUCUGUCAUCAAGUUCGUUCUUUAAAGUGGAUAAUUUGAAGUUAAUGGUGAUGGAUAAGACCAUACGAAAGACUCUCCUCGAAACUCUACUUCAGGUUUCCAAAGAUUUUGCCACUAGAUCGAUAAAGACGAAAGCAGCACAGAUAGAGUCCACCAAUGUGGAUGGCAACGAAAGAUUGGGCACAAUCGUGCAAUGGGACGACUCAAAUCAUUUGUUGGUGUUCUUUUUGUCACAAACACCGGAUUCCAUUUGCGCUUUGUAUCGAAACAAGAACAAAGUUCCAAAUAACGUCAGAGUUUUGCUGAAAAGUCAAUAUAUCGGGGAAAAGAAAUGGGAACUGGAAGAUUAUAAUAGGAUGGAUGCGGAAACCUUAUUGGUGAAAUUAGAAUGCAUAGCUAGAAAGACCAUACAUGAAAUCGAGUACCCUCAAUACGCGCUGUCGGCCGAUAAUUUAUUGAAGAUGGCCUUAAUUUUGCUAAGAGCGCGUGCGAACAUUCCGGUCAUUGUUUGUGGCGAGGCUGGAUGUGGAAAGACAAGUUUAAUUGGAUUCUUGGCCAGAGUUGUGGAAGUUGAAUUUUAUCCGUUAAAUCUCCACGCCGGUAUCACAGAAGCCACAAUUUUACAAUUCAUGAGUGAUGCUCAGGCAAAGGCCGAAGAAAAAGAGAUCUGGCUGUUUUUCGAUGAGAUCAACACGUGCAACCACAUCGGCCUCUUGGCCGAUCUAAUUGCUCACAGAAUGCUUCUCGGAAAGGAAAUUCAUUCUAAUAUAAGAUUGUUCGCGGCGUGCAAUCCAUAUCGCAUUCGUACCAAAGCUCAGAGCGAAGUCGGUCUGCAAACUAAGGAGACCAGGAAAUACGAGGAACAAAGUCACCUUGUCUAUCAAGUAAAACCUCUCCCCGACCAAAUCCUUGACUAUGUUUGGGAUUAUGGUGUCUUGCAACCAAAGGAAGAAAAGAAGUACAUCACCAUCAUGGUGUCGGAUUCGUUGAAGGAGUUAAGUCACCAAGUCUUACCCGAGCUUUUAUUCGAGUCCCAGCAAUUUAUUCGUACAUCCGAAGAGCCCUAUAGCGUUAGCUUACGUGAUGUCAAGAGAGCGAUCAAACUCGUCGAUUUCUUUUACAAGAGUUUGAAAAAUCGACCACCCCGUAGAAAUGCGCCGAGGUAUCCGCCGCAAGGUGAACUAACUUUAUCAAUGCGAUGUUACAUUUUAUCGAUGGGAUUAUGCUAUCAAUCGAGAUUGUACGAUCAAAUGCUAAGAAAAAAAUAUAGAGUCAAAAUGUGUGAGAUUUUGAGAAGGCACGGUGUAUUCAUCGAUGAAGGAUUAUUCAAUCAUGCCAUUCGGCAGGAACAAGAGGAUUAUGUGAAUAGGAUGACGUGUCCACCAAAUACCGCAAAGAAUGAGGCGCUAUUAGAAAAUGUUUUGGUUAUGAUUGUCUGCAUUCUCACAAAAAUCCCAGUCUUUAUUAUUGGGGCUCCGGGCUCCUCAAAAUCUUUAGCCAUCAGGCUUGUGAGUCAAAAUCUCCGCGGUUCUGAUUCCAAUGAUGAAUAUUUCCGGAAUCUUCCGCAGGUUUAUCUUAUUCCUCAUCAAGGUUCAUCAUCGUCAACAUCUGAUGGUAUUCUCAAAGUUUUCCAAAAAGCUGUUAAUUAUCAAGAAACAAGUUCCAAGGAAUUUCCGGUUAUCAGUGUCGUUUUGCUUGAUGAAGUCGGUCUUGCAGAAACCAGUCCAUUUAAUCCAUUAAAAGUACUUCACUCAUUACUUGAACCAAGUUAUCCGUCGGACGGUCCUUCGGUAUCAGUUGUCGGGAUUUCCAAUUGGAGAUUGGAUAACAGUAAAAGCAGCAGGGCUUUAUUGGUGCAGCGACCAAAAUUCGACCAGGAAGAUCUCGUGGAUACAGCUGUUCGAUUGUUACACUCCAAGACAAAUACCCAAAUAACAAAAGCAUCUCUUCAACCAUUAGCAAAAGCUUAUUCCGAAUACGAAAAACGGGGUCAAGCCCUUCCGAAUUUUCACGGCCUUCGUGACUAUUAUGCCCUCGUUAAAAGUUUGUCGCUUGGCGAUUUGACACCUGAAAACAUUCAAAUGGCGUUGGUUCGUAAUUUCGGUGGCACAGAUCAAAAUGCAAGAUUAUGCGAAGAGUUCUUUGGUGAAGUUUUACGCGCCUUCAACAAUUCCCGGCAUUGGUUCUAUAAACCGAUACCCGUCGAAGAUCUUAUUAAUGCAAAUUUGGAUGACGAGGGAGCGAGGCAUUUGAUGGUUAUUGGAAAAAGUGAUUCCAUUGUGAACUUGCUGACCUACCAACUGAGAAAGAGGGGUUUGGAUCCUGUAGUUAUACUGGGAUCACAGUUUCCCGACGAUCAAGAUGACUAUUCCUACAGUGUAUUGAGCAGGAUCAUGAUGUGCGUUGAAGCAGGAAGGCCUUUGAUUUUAACCGAUCUAGAAAUCAUCUAUGGAAGUCUUUAUGACCUAUGGAAUCAGAAUUACAUUGUAGUUGGUAGUGCGGAUGAUCCAAAAUACUAUACAAGAGUAGCUCUCGGUGCUUAUGCAAAUCCCAUGCUGCAAGUUUAUGUGGCAAAGACCUUCAGAUGCAUUUUGGUAUUGGAUGAAAAGAAACUCGAGAGCGCUGAUCCACCACUUCUCAAUCGAUUUGAAAAACAAAGGAUGACCAUCAACGACACGCUCUCCGAUAAUCAAAAUGGAAUGGUUCAGCAGCUAUUUGACUGGGCAAAACAAAUGUCUUCGGUCUCUGUAAAAAACAUGCAUGACGCUAACGCGAGAUUUGCAUUAAAGGAUCUCUUCAUUGGGUUUGAUUCGGACGAAACCUUACAGAGCUUGGUAAUCGAUUUGACCAAGAGUUAUCCGGAUGAAGAAGAAAACGUAAUUAUCAAUAAAUGCAAAGAAAAAUUGAUUGCCAUAGCUUCUUCGGAUGGCAUUAUUCGAGCGGAAAGAUCGUCUCUAAGUCAAGAGGAAAAACUUUACUGGAAGAAUUUUUACUUCAAGGUUCAACAUCACGAUUGCAUUUCCGAUCACUUCCAUGCGCUACUUGAUGAUCCAAUGGUCGCCAAGAAUAAUCCGGAUGGACUUCAAGUUAUUAUCAACACCUUCUCAAAUAUCAACACCGAUAUCAAAGCAUGCCUGGAGAAUGUGAUCAGUUGUCAGGUGGAUAAACUUUCCACCUUCAAGACCGAAUCUCAACUUCAAAAUCGUGUGAAGCACUUCUGGUUGGAAUCCGCUCACCAGAUGUUGGUUCUCCAAUGUGAUGUCACCACCGUUAACGCUGGAUGCAUUAAGUUGGCUAAAUUCAUUAUCGAACAAUUUAGAAAUGAAUUUUUAAUGAAAAGGAAGCAAAGGUCGGAGGCGAAUUUACAAGCAAAACACUGUUGCAUCAUAUUGCACGUUCACCGCGAGCAAGAAAAUUCUUUGGCUUCGUUUAAUUUCAUGUGUGGCUGGGAUCAAGUGACUAUCGAGACAUUGGUGCCACAAGAAAAAUCUCUUUCGAUGCUCUUGGGAGGAAGCUUGUGCGAUGUCAUAAACACCGCAUAUCCAUUUGAUGAAAUUUUGUCGCAGGAAUUGCUUUGGUGUUUGCUGUGCAUGAAAUACCCUUCAAACUAUCGAGCCAUUGAACACAUCAAGAUUCUGAAUUCACAAAUUUAUAAUCAUCCGAGAUUGAUUAAAUGCAUCAAACAACAAGCACAAGAAUGGCUUCAAGAACAUUCUCCGGAUAAUUGGCAAUACAACGUGGCAUCUAGCAAGAAAUUAUUGUAUCCAUACUCUUCAUUUUCUGUGGCGUUACAAGCUUACAUCAGAUCGUUCGUUAGAAAACCAAUCGCAAGGGUUUUGUGUGCUCUCGAGAGAUUGUCAGUUACCAGGACGUUCUUUAAUCUAGACGGGCCGACUGAGUCGAAAGAGAAUAGUGAACUACUUGAUUUCUGGUUUAGAAUGUUUAAUGAUAACAAGAUUAUUAACAUCGAAGAAUUACCGGAACCUUCACCUGAUAAUUACAAUAUGCCGCCUGGAAUUUACGAUCUCAAGUUUCCAUUUUCUUACUAUUUCAUGAAGCAAAUUGACAACUUCAAAACCCUAUACAUAGAAGAAGUUGACAUGCUACGCAAUAAUUCUGACAACAUUGAUCCCUUUACUGGAGAACUUUACCAGCAAGUAGUUGAGAAUCACAUUAAAGAAUUCACCAAAAACAUUUUCAACAUGGUUCCUAUUUUCAAGUCAUCUCCAAUUGAUCGAGCUCCGAAGCUGUAUUUUAAAGACUUCGUUUCUGUCAUUGCAUAUAAUGAACCGGGCAACAAGGAUCCGGAUAUACUCGAGUUCGUAUUUACCCGGAGACUUGGAACCGAAAAAAUAUUGAAUCCAGUGAUUUUGCAUACAUAUUGGUGGAAACAUGGAAAUUCGAUUCUGGCAGAACUCCAGUUGGCACAGAUGAUCCCUUCGAUCAUCAUGCAAAUUAAUGAAGCCGAGGUGACCGAGGAUUCCGCGUUUGAGCGAUUCUUGGUGGAAGAGGCCUCAAGAAUAAUGUUAGAGAGAAUCGGGGAUAGUUCAAAAGGUGCGGAGAUUCAUUACCUGGAAUCAGACCAAUGGAGACAUGAAGUUGGCAAGAUCAUCGCGCUGAGUCAAAAAAUUCCUGGAUCCUCAAGAUUGCCAUCCCUUCAGAUAUUAAAAUUCUGCGAUGAUCUGCUCGCCACCACAUCGUUCACACGUCAAAAUAUGGAAAAAAUCGUACGACUGGGGUUAAACGGUAAUUUCAAUGAGAUACUCUCGACCGAUUUUGUGAACACGGUCUUAGGAAUGUUUGCCAAAUUCCCUCAGGGUGAGGAGAAUUUGGUUGCUCAGAGGUCAUUCAUAUUGAGAUGUUUAGAGUUAAUACCCGUCGAGUCAAAAGUGCGUCUCAACCUCUACAAAAACUUGUUCACCCACGAACCACUCCCGUUAAUGAGGGUUAUAGUGUUUAGAAUUUUUAAGACCGAAGAAACUAAAAACAAAAAUACUUUCAUCAAACUGAUUACCCAACCAGUUGACACCCUCGGUCUUUCACCUCGACUUAGCAUAAUCAACAAAAGCCUUAAAAUCACCGAACUGGAUUCGCCAAUGGCAGCAAUAUGUUGCGACACAAUUCAACAAGAGUUUUUCUCGGGAGCAAGUUUUAAUCAGAUGGCUCCCUUUUAUCGUCACGCUGCGGCUGCAUUGGUUGAUGCCCAAGUACAACCGCUGCAAAGGAUUGCAUCGGUUGCAUUUCUCAAAGAGUUUACCCGGCUAUUAUGGAAUUUAGUUAUACAAGAUAGCCUUGAUGGAUCCGUAAAUUUUUCAGUCGUGGAAUCUGGUGGAAAUCAACUCUUCUUUGACAUUAAUAGUUCAAUAAGUUCGCCACACCCGCUGAUACAUUCGCUUAAAAUCUAUUUCCUUCGGGACUUGCGACAAAGAGGAUUUGCCAGUGACGAAAUAAGACGAUUUUGCGAAGCGCAGUCAGAAUUCUUGCCAUGGUUUAACGAUUUCAAGUGGGACAAUAAUGAACAAGGUCGAUUGCCAUUCAAUCCAUACUGGUCAGUUGACGGCCAUGCUGAAACAGAAAAGGCUUUCUCCAAUUUCUAUAACGUUAACAACAAGGCACCCUUCACCCAAGUCAUUCAGCGAUUAAAACAAGACAGUUCAAUUGAUAUUCGUCUUUCUAUGUUCGGAAUAGCCGCGGCGAAUUUACAUUUCGUGCGAUCUACACGAGAAUGGCUUGAUCCGGAGAAUCAAGUUGCCGAAUAUCUGCUCAAAGAAAUCGAGUCGGAAAUGAGUCUUCCAGAAGCAUACAAACAGAUCAUUAAGAGUAUUCUGUCGAACGAUCAUUUCCUAUUUAAACUUGACGCAGGGAUCAGCAGCGGAGAGUUAAUUAUGAAGUCGGUAUUAGCGUACGUUAUCGGAGCACACGCGUCACUGCCAACGGAGACGUCAACUUUAGCCGGAUACUUGCAUAACUUGCAAGGUAAUCGAGAUGAUUUUGUCUUAGCGUGUCAAUCGGACGUGGAAUCAAUGUUGUUUAAUGCAGUUGCCGAAGGAGGAGUUACUAGGUACUCGUGCAAGUGCGGACUUAAAUACGUGAUUGCUAAUUGUGGUGGGGCUGUCGUAGAGAGUACAUGUCCCGAAUGUAAGAAUAAAAUUGGUGGUACGAAAUAUAACAUUGCCGCAGGCAAUACUCGCAUUGACUCCGCCCCUAUUAGUGCGAUAACGGCUAAAGACCAGUCCGGGUAUAUUGGAGAGCCACUUAACAAUGACCCUACUUACUGCGUUCGAAAGAUGUCACCCGCUUCUUACAGGAUACUCCACUUUUUCGUUCAUGCGAUUAUUUCGGUGUCCAAGCCUUCGGUACUAACCAACUUUUUAAAGAAAAACAACGAUAAUGCUAAUAAUGCAGAAAAAUAUUGCAUGGACCAUAUUAAAAAUGAUUGGGAAAUUCUCAAAAAAAUUCUUAACGCCUCGGACGAAAAUCUGGCAUCAUUGAUUCAUUCUAUUGUCAAUUUGAUGAUCAAAUUUCCUUUCAACCAUCCUAUCGUUCUGAACACAUCGCUCGCACGAGAAGAUUGGGAAGAUCACUUCACUCAAAUUUAUGUCACACCACAGAUUAUAAGCGUUGCCGAGACAGCGACGAAUUUCCGAACUCGGCUGGACCAAGCACUGAAUGAUGCACAAGUCAUCGGUAAUCUCAUAGAAGGUGAAAUCAACCAAACAUUUCCAAUGGACAUUCAAUAUUGUCAAGAAUAUUUACCAAGGUUAUGGAGAACAAUCGGUGUUAUUAACUUUGAAAGCUUCAGGGCUUUUUACUUCAAGGACAUUGCGCUCAACAAGAAGAAAGAGGCUGAGCGAAAAACUUUCAAGAACUUUAUAGAGGAAGAAUCGAACAAAGGUCAUUUACAGGAAACAUUCGAAACCUUGACCUCGGCAUUUAACGAGUUUGCAAAAUCCUGGAAUUUGAUAAUUGACCACGUGACCAGGUAUCAAUGUCACACACUACCCGAGGAAAAACCGAAGAUCAGUGUCAAUAGUCCAAUAGUUUUUGGUUUGAUGGAAGGAAGGGAUACGGGAAUAUUCUUAUGUGCAAUUUUAGAAUAUCUGGUCACUUUACAAAAUAAUUUUCUGCAAGAGGUGAUGGACAUUCCUGCCGGAACAUGCCAAUCUCUCAGAUUCUUACAAGAAUCAUCUUGGAAGGUAGAUGACACAGUUCCUUCAUCAUCCAAAGAUCCGGAACCUGCUACGGCCACUCCCAAUCCUUACUACAUGAGAUCUAAAAAAAUUGAACUAAUGCAAGAGGAAAAUUUCAUUAAUUACGAUUGGGACGAGUCAGUUCUCCAGUAUAGUCAACAUAACCUUGGAAUUGGACGCGGUCAGGACAUCAUCUUUGAUCUAUCAGUAAUCGAGUCAAAACUCGCACAACAACUUGUUUUCGAGAAGGUUCAUAUUGAAGGUGGAGCUGAGCAACAACUGUACAUGGAUCCCUUCCCAUAUCACAUGGAAUUAUUCCAAGGCUCUAUGAGAAUCUUAGGAGAGAUCAAAGUUUUAAUUCCGCAAGAACCAAUUCCAGUUGAUAAGAUUUCCAUUAUCACAGGCACAUCGAUCAAUGUAUAUCAACAACCGACAUUGACCAACUACUCGAUAGAUAAUGCAUCAGAGCUUUUAUCAUUUUUGGAAAUUCUUUUAUGUUUUGUCAAGAGAACGUCAGUUGGAGAUGGGGAAAUCUUACUAAAGGAUUUUGUGGACCAAUGGAUGAAACUAUCAAACUUAAUGAUAGAUACAGAAUACAAAAAUUUACUAGACAUAGAUCUGAAUCUUAAACACGUUAUAGCAUUGUACGAGUUAGUAGAGGAUCAGGUGGCGAACUUGGCAAUAAAAUAUAUUCCCGAGAAAUUUACUGUUGCUUUGGAUAGAAGUUUGGAGGAUGAAAUCGUAGAGGCGGUCGACUUUGAACAGAAGUCAACCCAGAUACAGAGAUUACCGGCCGAUGCCUUUGCGAUUGCUCUUAAGCGAUUUAUGCAAAGGUUCUUGUCGGUAGAAAGCAAUAAGGAGAAGCAUCCGUUGUCAACGUAUUUGACAGAUAUGACGUUGAGUCUAUGGCCACCUAAUAUUGACGAAGAGUUGGUGGAUACUUUCCCUAUGUCCUUGCUGGUGGAACACACUUAUGAAGCAUAUAAAUUUACGAUGGACAGAAUAAAUGUGAGAAAAUGUUACGCGUGA